ACAGUCAAGCUGGUACAGGACAAAACCGAACAACAGCAGUGUAGACAGAAAGAGUUCUAUGACAAGAAAGUUCAUGGCAAGCCCUAUGAGAUUGGCGACACUGUCUUUGUUCUGAACAAACAAGUAGGAAAGGGACUUGCGAGGAAAUUGGCGCGUAAGUACAACGGCCCAUUUGAGGUUGUGCGCCGUAUUGGCGAUACAUACGAAGUGCGUAGCAUGAGAGGAAGGGCACAGCAGAAGGUAGUCCACUUUGAGAACCUAAUCCCUUUCUCUCCCACGCAGGAGGACCCGGAUUACAAUCCGCGGGACGAUGGCCCUCGCCGCCCCGCCCGCCCUAACCGUAACCGGCGUCCGGUCCCUUCCCUUUCAGAAAGUCCUGUAACGUCCGAGGAGGAGUCCUCCCCGGGCACUUGUUCCGGUUCUGUUUCAGGUUCCGACCGACACUCAGACGCUGAUGACGGCCCGACCGCAUGGACCCACCCGAAGGCUCCUGUCCAGCCGAGAAGACAGCCUGCAAACCGGGGGGUAGAGAGCGGUGACGACGGGGGCAGCGACGAGUUCCGGACGUGCCCUGACGACUCUGACGCUGGUGACCAGGAGAGACCUUCAACGAGCCAGGCAGCUGAUGACCGGAGGCCACGCAGACAGCGACGCAGACCAGCACGCCUGGAGGACUUCAUCAGCUUUGACUCCGACGAGGAAUAUAUAGAUUUAACAUAGCUGAGUGUUGUGUAUAGCAAAGGUUUUGAGCACAAUGCAUUAUGAUGGAUGACAUUCAUGUGUAUGUUGCCUUGAUGUCAUAUCCCGUGUUAUGUGCCAUAUUUGAUUGUGUAAUGGAUAUGUUUAUAUUUGACCUUGUUUUAUUAUUAUGUUCUAUCCCCUGUAUAUGGUAAUAUGAGUUCGCGGACGAGGACGUCCGCUUGAUGGAAAGAGGGGGAUAGUGUAACGGUUAUGACUUAUUAUGAUUUGUAUAAUUAGGGUAAUAUGUAAAUGACCAUGUGGAAAGACUACUUUAGAGAUUAUGCAUAUAUUUGCGCGUUAGGUAGGCCCUGAUUGGUUGGUGAGAGCAACCAAUCAGGUUAGGGACUAUUGUGAACAGAGUUGAGCUUGGGAAAGACAAUCGCUGUGUAAGUCAGUCGUGACCUGGAUCCAAGGUAUGUGCACAUGUCUAGUUGUAGCUCUGUAGAUAAGUAGAUUGUAUAACUGCUAGUACCACAUCUGUGUAAUCCUAGACCAUGGGUAACCCUCUGUGUAACUACAUGCUAAACUCCUUGUGAACCAUUAGACCACAUCUACCUGUUUUAGAGUUAACAUACGGAUCAAUAAACCCGGCUCAGCAGAAGUAAUCGAACUGUUUGGAUCUCUCUCUAUACUAAGAUACUAUAGAAGCUAAGAUACCAAACGACCACUAGACCUCAAAUAU